GAGAUUGAGAGAGGAGAGAGAAAUUGAAAACCUAUCUGUGGAUAUUGCUUUAUGGUUGUGGAAUCAGAUCAUCGCGAUUGAUCUGAUCUGAUUCGUUUCGAUUCAUUUUUUCUGGAAAUAAUUUGCAAAUUCUGCAUGAGAAAAUUGGAGGUAGAGGAACUGGAGACAUAGUAGAGAUAGAAAUUUUCUUUUUUUGUUAGCGAAACAUGUCUGCCGUAGUGUGCGGAAAGAGAUCGAACAUCUUUGAGGAAUCGCCGUCGUCGCCGCCUGUCACUAAAAGGAUCCGCUGCUCCUCGUCGUCGUCGCCCGGCCGUAAUUUUUCUCCGCCGAGGGCCACCGCCUCUUCUUCUAAUUAUAUCUCCUCCAUCGAUCAAUUAGUCUCCCUCUUUCCUGAUAUGGACAGACAGUUUGUGGAAAAGGCCCUUGAAGAGUCUGGUGAUGAUUUGGAUCUGGCUAUCAAAAGAUUACAUGAUCUUCGAUUGAGUGUUGCCGCAAAUUCAUCAGAUCUUACCCAGGAUAUUGACACUCAGUUUUUGGCUAAAGUGGUGAAUGAUGGAGGGGUCACUUCAGGAGAGGAACCACCUGGUGCAAACAAUCUUCCUGUAAAUGGAGCAGAGUGGGUGGAGCUAUUGGUUAGAGAAGUCUUGACUGCAGCCAGUGUAGAGGAUGCUAAGGCACGUUUGUCCCAAGCACUUGAGGCGUUGGAGAAGUCUAUUUAUGCGAAUGCUACUGCAGAGGCUGCAAAAAGCUUCCAAAAGGAGAACAUAGUGCUGAAGCAGCAACUAGAAGCACUCCUACAGGAAAAUACUAUUUUGAAGCGAGCAGUUUCUAUACAACAUGAACGACAGAAGGAAUUUGAGGAAACGGGCCAAGAGUUGCAUCAGCUGAAGCAGCUAGUGUCUCAAUACCAGGAGCAACUACGGACUCUCGAGGUCAACAAUUAUGCCCUUACAAUGCAUCUAAAGCAGGCCCAACAAAGCGGUUCACUUCCUGGACGUUUUCACCCAGAUGUGUUUUAGUUAUUCAGUUACGAGUGCUAUACUAGAAUCAGGAUCAAGCUAGAUUCCUGGCCCUAGUUGGUAUGUGUAGUUUUUACGAGUGAGAUCACAUUAUUAUACGUGCUGGUUUGUGAUGCCCGUCGCUACUGACACCUUAACAAUCCCUGUUAUAGUUAUUAAAGUUAAUUAAUUGCUCCUUUUGGCUUUA